AUGUCUGAGAAUCAAUGGUAUUUCUUCGCAGGCGGUGACAGAUACGCACCUCCGAAUGUCAGUCAUUUACUGAUUGCAUCCAACGUGCUGGAUAUUCCAAGUUCGUUGUGUGCUGGAAACCAAUGCUUGCGAGAGGUUCGAUUUCAGCCAAACAGUGUCUGUCGAGGAAUUGGGGCUAGCGCAUUCUAUGAUUGUGGUAGCCUGGAAUUGGUGGAACUGUCACCCACUGUUCGGCUCGUUGGUUUCAUGGCAUUUCAACAGUGUCCAAGGUUGCAAGUCGUAACAAUGGAUAGCAACAAGAACAACAACAAGAAUGCAAUGAUGAAUCAUCAGCCGCAAGCCAUCACGACACGAAGGAAGUUUGGGCUAGGCUUUCAGUGUUUCAAGAACGCUAGCAGCUUGACCGAAGUCUCAAUUAUAGAGGGAAUUCGCAGCGUUUCAGAGGCUUGCUUUGAAGGGUGUUCGAGUCUCCGCCAGAUCAGCCUUCCGAAUACGGUCGAGCAUUUGAUGAAGAAAGCAUUCAAAUCUUGCACCAAUCUUGAGAUUACGAUAUUGAAUGAGGGCUUGAAAAGCAUUUCCGACGAGGCCUUUUGCCACUGCGAAAAACUUCAAACAAUACCGAUUCCCUGGUCAGUCGAGCGUAUUGGUACUAGGGCAUUUGCAUCUUGUACCACCCUUGAAAACGUUGAGAUUAUUGGCUUGGACUAUAGAUUAAAGACUAUUGACGAAGAAGCCUUUGCUCACUGUGAGAAUCUCCGAGCGGUUCCUAUUCCCAAUUCAGUCGAACGCAUCAGCUCCAGGGCCUUUGAGAAUUGCACAAUGUUAUAUUCCGUUGAAUUCAAGAAUGGUUCGCACCUAUGGAUUGGGGACGACAUUUUCAAGGGCUGCUCGAAUCUGAUUUGGAUCGUAGUAUCGUAUUCAACCUACAAGCGACAUUACAAUCGGUUUCAUUUGCUGGCUGAAGCCUUUGACCGCCCUGCUAUCGAUGAUGAUUCUAGGAGGAAUCAGAACAAAACAGUCUUAAAAAUGGCCGCCGAUAGAUUUGACAGUCUUCAAAAUCACAGGACUACCUACACUACUGCUCGCCAUGAUCAUGACGACAAUAUCGAGAUUGCAAAAUUAGAUAAAACGAUACAAAUGUAUCAUCGAGAACAAGAAGGUAUAUUGCCUAAAACGAAAUUUGUCACAGGAACCACCGAUAUCAAUCUCUUUCAUAUCAUGGCAUCUUCGAGUUUUCCCCGCCACAAUCUAUUCCAUGAGCGCCUGGACAGCCUCAACCUUGGGUUGCUGUUUGAACAAGAUAAGAUUGGCUUGUCUCCAUUGAUGCUUCUAGCUGAAAAUCCCUCGGCAGAAGCACAAGACUUGCUGUUGUCCUUGAUCCCCAAACUUGUGGCAUAUUUUCAAGCAAGCGCCAGUGAACGGAUGGCUACAAUAUCUAUAUCGACCCCUUAG